AAGCGCUGGAGGCCGACGCGCUGCGUCCCGGGGGUGGCCGCAGCCCCGCCCCGCCCCGCCCCGGUCCCGUCCGGUCCCAUCCCCGCAGCGUCCCGCAGCGUCCCGUCCGCGGGCUCCUCGCACCCUCCGGCGCCCGAGGCGCUCUCCAGUGCUUCCAGCGCAGCCAUGGCUCAGCACUUCUCCCUGGCCGCCUGCGACGUGGUCGGCUUCGACCUGGACCACACUCUGUGUCGCUACAACCUGCCCGAGAGCGCCCUGCUCAUUUAUAAUAGUUUUGCUCAGUUCCUGGUCAAGGAGAAGGGGUAUGACAAGGAAUUGCUAACUGUGACUCCAGAGGAUUGGGAUUUCUGUUGCAAGGGCUUGGCAUUGGAUCUGGAAGAUGGGAAUUUCAUUAAACUUGCAGAUAAUGGCACUGUGCUCAGGGCGAGCCACGGCACGAAGAUGAUGGCUCCCGAGGCGCUGGCAGAGGAGUAUGGUGGGAAGGAGUGGAAGCACUUCAUGUCCGAUGCGGGAAUGGCUUGCCGAUCAGGAAAAUACUAUUUUUAUGAUAACUACUUUGACCUGCCAGGAGCGCUUCUAUGUGCCAGAGUGGUGGACUCUCUAUCAAAGCGGAACAAUGGUCAAAAAACAUUUGAUUUUUGGAAGGAUAUAGUUGCUGGUAUACAACACAAUUAUAAAAUGUCAGCUUUUAAGGAAAACUGUGGAAUAUAUUUUCCAGAAAUCAAAAGAGAUCCAGGCAGAUAUUUACACACAUGUCCUGAAUCUGUGAAAAAGUGGCUUCAGCAGCUAAAGAAUGCUGGGAAAAUUCUUUUGUUGAUUACAAGUUCUCACAGUGAUUACUGUCGACUUCUCUGUGAAUAUAUUCUUGGGAAUGAUUUCACAGAUCUUUUCGACAUUGUGAUUACAAAUGCAUUGAAGCCUGGUUUCUUCUCCCAUUCUCCAAGUCAGAGACCUUUCUGGACACUUGAAAAUGAUGAGGAACAGGAGGCACUGCCAUCUCUUGAUAAACCUGGCUGGUACUCUCAAGGGAACGCUGUCCACCUUUAUGAACUUCUGAAGAAAAUGACUGGCAAAAAUGAACCCAAGGUGGUUUACUUUGGUGACAGCAUGCACUCGGACAUUUUCCCAGCCCAUCAUUAUAGUAACUGGGAGACAGUCCUCAUUCUGGAAGAGCUCAGAGGGGACAGAGAUGGGAAGCCUGAAGAAUCAGAGCCUCUAGAGAAGAAAGGAAAAUAUGAGGGUCAAAAGGCAAAGCCUCUAAAUGCAUUAUCUAAAAAGUGGGGCUCUUUUUUUAUUGAUUCGGUUUCGGGACUGGAAAAUACAGAAGACUCAUUGUUUUAUACAUGGUCGUGUAAAAGAAUCAGUACUUACAGCACUAUUGCAAUUCCAAGUAUUGAAGCAAUAGCAGAAUUACCCCUGGACUACAGAUUUUCAAGAUUCUCUUCCAGCAGUUCAAAAACAGCUGGCUAUUAUCCAAACCCUCCACUGAUCUUAUCAAAUAAUGAGACACUGACAACCAAAUAAACUGUCUUAACUGAAAAAGGAAGAACCAUAUAUGCAACAAGUGUACUGUAAAAAUAUUACCUUUCAAAAACACUGUAAAAUGCUUUAUAGGAACAAAUUCUUAAUGAUAACUGACCAAGAAAUUGAUGUUUUUCCACAGGUCUCCUUUCUGUAUAGACCAUCUUGAUGCACAACAAUUCUCAUUAGAUUAAAAUCACAGUAUCUUAUAACUGAAAAGAACCUUAAUAUUUUCUAUAUGGAUAGUUCUGAGAUUAGGAUUCACCUAGGGAUUAGGACUCAUCUGUGUAAUAUAUACACAUAUUCACACAGACAAACACAUACAUAUUGACACACAUGCCUAGACCAGUGGCUCUCAAAGUGUUGUCCCCAAACCACUAGCACAGCAUCACCUGAGAAUCUGAUAGAAAUACAAAUUUGCAUGCCCCACACAAGGCCUGCAGAAUCAGAAGCCCAGGUAAUGCUACCCAGCAACCUGUGUUUUAAUAUUGGUUUAACUGGUCUGGAAAUAUAGAUGAGCAUUGACAUCUUUACCUGCCCCAAGAAAAAUGUAGCCAGAAUUGGGAAUAACUGAUCUAUAUCUGUUUCUUCCAUUUAUAACCAAAAACACUGAGUCUAGUGAGAACAAACUAUCCAAGCUAUCUAUCAGGUUUUAUGCUAUUCUUACAUUUUCCAAAACAAGGAGCUAAAGAUUUCUUGUGAGACCACACAGGCAGUAUGGGUCAGAAAUGAGAUGAGAAACAACUCUUUCAACCUCUAAUAUUACUUAUAAGGGUUCCCCCCCCAAUAAUGUUAAAGGCUAUAUAAUUAGUUUUCAUUCACUCUUAACGUAUAUAUUCUCAAUGGGACAAAAAUUGGUUCUUGGGGUGAAAAAAAAUUAGAUAAUGCAGUGAAUUGUGCUCCUCCAAAACUCAACCCUACCCAGUAAAUCUUAUUCUUCAGCAUUAAUUUCUCUCGUUAGGGAGAAAUAGAAUUUAAAGUUAAAUUUAUUAAUUAAAUUUAAUUUGGUUGAAUUUAAUUUUUCUGGAGGGGGAGGGGAGAUAGUAAUGAAAAAAAGAUUGAGAAAAACCCUUUAAGAGGUUUUAUAGUUAUACUACAACCCAGGAUUACUGUGUUCCAUGAGCUUUGUAUAGUCCUCUAAUAGUAGCUACUUGUAGCAAGAUGUCUGGAGCCAGAAGUUUACAAUAAAUUCCUGGCUACUGUUUUAUGUUAUAAUUUCACUCUCUCCAUGUCAGAAAACACAAUGGUCGCUAUCAUUAUUUUACCUGGAUUGUAGCAGAGAACUUAACAUAUUGAUGCAUGUAAUGAAAAGAUAAAUAUUUCAUUAAAUUUUUAAAUGCUCAAAUAAUCCCAAAUGUAUUAUGGGAAUGAGUAUCUCAGGGUGGGUAAACAGUUACUGAAAUUUUUCCCUUAAUGUCAGUAGCUCUGUUUGAUAUCUACUAAUAAGUAUAUGGUAAUGUAUUUGAAAUUGAUUUCCAAAAUCUUAUUGGAAUAUGGUAACAAACACACAAUCAGCUUAGGGCUAAAUGAAAGAUACUGUCUCAUGUAUGCAAAUAGAUAUUUAAUUUCUCUAAAAAUAAAGCUAUUUUUUCUUAUGUGAAUUUAUUUUGUCAAUGGGAAAGAAGAAUGUAUCUUUAAAUGCUUAUAAACUGCUAUUAUUAAUAUGAAAAAUGAGAACCCCAAAAUAUGUUAAUUACACAUUUUUGUCACUAAGGAGUGAAAAAAAUGGGCUCAAGUUCAAAGUUCUCAUCCUACUUUUACCUCUAGUUAGGAAAGGGGUCACAAGUAACCAACUACCCAAUCAGACCUGUUUUUUUCAUCUUGUCAAAAGACAAGGUGAAAGUUUAUUUCCAAGUUUCCUACCAUCAUUCCAGCAGACUCAGUUCUUCUAAUGAAUGCUGUUUUUCUGUUGAACUAUAAUUAGACCUUUUAAAUUUUUUUAUUUCAUUUUUUCUAAAAAGUGCCAGUGUUUCUAAUUGUGUAUGAAAAGUAAAAAUAAUUUUUAAAUGGAACUAUAAAAAUUACAAAGAGAAGAAAAGCUGUAUAUUCUUUAAUAAAGUUAAAUGAAGAAAGAAAGCUGGAAAAUUGUGUAAGUGGACAGAGGAUUUAAGUUUAAUAUUAGCAUGCAGCAAACAUUCACCAUCUGAAAGAUGACUAAAAAUAGAUACAAGAGAUUUUAGAUUUCCUUUGCUGGCCACUUUUGAUCUCAUCAGCAGAGGAGAGAUCUGAAUGUCACAGUGGUAAAAGUUUGUCAGAAUUUGGUUUUUGGAAUAUUGAGGCAGCAGAAAAUUCAGUUAAACCAUGAAUUAAUUGCAAUCUAAAAUCAACUAAAGGGGAUUCUUGAAAUUCAUGGGUCUGAACUGCACAGGUCUACUUAUAUGCAAAUGUUUCUUUAUACAGUACUGUAAAUGUAUUUUCCUUAUGAUUUUAACGCUUUUUUCUAGCUUACUUUAUUAUAAAAAUGUAGCAUAUAAUACAUAUACAAAGUAUGUGUUAAUGUUAUCAGUUAACAGUAGGGUAUUAGUAGUCAAGUUUGGCAGGGUAGUCAAACAUUACACAGAUUUUUUACUAUGCAAGGGAGAGGGGGCCCUAAUUCCCACAUUGUUCAAGAGUCAACUGUACUUCUGAGUUUUUUAACCUGAAAUCAGGUGUUACCCCCACCAAUUUUCAUAUCCAACAACUUUAAAUAUAUUUAAAGCAAAAAAA